GAGCUUGACAUUUACUUGCAGGUUGGCAGACAGAUACACAGCUGGAACAUAAAUUCAAAGACAGCCUGAUUUAGACAUUUUCCAACCCUGGUUUUAAUAAUUAGGUCUGUUCCGCUCAGGCAGCUCAGCUCAGCGGCUCUCAGGCAGAGAAUCUACCCGCUGACGCUCCGGCAGCUUCAGGCCUGACCGAUCAGAACAACCUGCCACCAGGUUUUUUCUUUCUUUUCAUUAUUAUUAUUAUUAUCUCCAGGAUCCAGGGCUUUUUAAAUCUUAUUGUUGUGACGCAGAAGAGGCAGCAUGGCGGAAUCAGACCUACAAACCUUCACCUCCAUGAUGGACGCGCUGGUUCGCCUUACUUAUGCGGGACGUACCCCGGUCUGAGGCGCAGGGAGGCGGCCCCUACCCCCAUGCUGUUCCCCUGUCCUUCCUGUCAGCAGGACGUGGAGCUCGGGGAGAAAGGACUCACAGACUGCUUUCGUAACCUCACUCUGGAGCGCGUCGUUGAAAGGUACCGGCAGAGCAUCAGUCUGGGCAGCGUGGCGAUCAUGUGUGGUUUCUGUAAACCUCCUCAGUCUCUGGAGGCCACGAAGGGCUGCGCCAACUGCAAGACGAACUUCUGCAACGAGUGCUUCAAACUCUACCACCCCUGGGGGACGCCUCGAGCCCAGCACGAGCACAUCCUCCCCACCAGCAGCUUCAGACCCAAGGUCCUCACGUGCACGGAGCACGAGCAGGAGAGGCUGCAGUGGUACUGUCGGAACUGCCAGAGGCUGCUGUGUCCGUUCUGUAAGCUCCGCCGGGUCCACCACGGGCACAAGGUGUUACCUGUGGCGCAGGCCUACCAGGCCCUGAAGGACAAGAUCAACAGAGAGGUCGGCUUCAUCCUGGCCAAUCAGGAGACGAUACAGAGUCAGAUCAGUCAGCUGGAAGCUGCCAUUAAACAGAUGGAGGCGAACAGCGCCGUGGCUCUGCAGCAGCUCGCUCAGUGCAUCAGAGAGCUGGGAGCCACCGUGGCCGAGCGCCAGGGGGCUCUGGCCUCGGCCCUGGAGGGGUCCAGGAGCAGGAGAGAGGAGACCCUGUCCGCUCAGGUCCAGGAGAAGCGGGCUCUGCUGGAGCAGGCGGGUCUGAUGGCGUACACCCAGGAGCUGCUCAAAGAGGCCGACGCCCCCUGCUUCGUUCAGGCGGCCAGGCUCACACACAGCAGGCUGGUUAAAGCUAUAGACAACCUCCAGUGUUUCUCCUUCGCUGCUGAAACCUCCUUCAGACACUUUCACCUGGAUGCGUCCAAAGAAAUCAAGCUCAUCAACGGCCUGCAGUUCAUACAAGCUCCUCUGGCUCCGGUCGUGGACACUCAGAAAACCCUGGCUUACGACCAGCUGUUUCUGUGCUGGCGCCUGCCUCAGGACUCGGCUCCGGCCUGGCACUUCUCCGUGGAGUACCAGCGGCGGGCCGGAGGAGCCGGAGCGGCGUGGGGCGGCGCCGGCUCCCCCGGCUCCUCCACGCCGUGGCAGCGUCUGAACGAGGUGAAGGGGACCAGCGCGGUGAUCGAGCGGCUGCAGAUGGACAGCGUGUACGUCCUCAGGGUGAGGGGCUGCAACAAGGCGGGCUUCGGGGAGUACAGCGAGGAGAUUUACCUCCACACUCCGCCUGCACCAGUUUCUGCACAGACUUCUGUUUUAACUCUGCACUCCUGCGUCAUCAUCCCAGUCAUAUCAUCUGUGCUUCUGUCUGUCGCUGCAGUUUUGAGUUUCUCCUUGGACUCUCGCUGGGGUCUGCACUCGGACCGUUUGGCGUUGGGCAGAGGUCAGACCUACGCCCGCAGCGUUCCCGGUCUGUCCCUCCUGCAGGCGGCGGACCGAGCGCUGACCUCGUGCCACCUGACCUCUGACCUGCUGGUGGCCGACCUGGCCGUCUCUCACGGCAGACACUACUGGGCGUGCUCCGUGGAGCCCGGCUCUUACUUGGUGAAGGUCGGGGUCGGGCAGGAGGCGAAGUUACAGGAGUGGUUCCAUCUUCCUCAGGAUGUGACCAGCCCUCGCUGUGAUCCAGACAGCGGUCAUGACAGCGGGGCCGAGGACAGCCAGGACUCCCCUCCUUUCUGCUUCCUGACGGUGGGCACGGGGAAGAUCCUCCUCCCCAAAGGACACGCCCUCACCCCGAGCCACAGCGACAGCCACAGCCAGCGGGGCGGGCCUCACCCCCCCACCGCGCCCCUCCCUCCCCGGCUGGGGGUGUGCCUGGACUGCGACAAGGGGCGGGUCACCUUCUACGACGCCCACUCCCUGCGGGUUCUGUGGGAGGGGCACGUGGACUGCUCCGCCCCCGUGUGUCCGGCCUUCUGCUUCAUCGGCGGCGGAGCGCUGCAGCUGCAGGACCUCGUGGCCAAUCGGAUCGUCGAGGAGCCGCCGCCGCGGAGGGUAACCAUCAAAACACGGGCGACAAACACGAGAAAAUAAACUCUCAGAGGUCAAGAGAAAAUCCUUUAGUUGGGUUUAUUUACACGUGCUCCCGCUCUCUCUCCUUAUCGUCACAUUUCUCCUCUGGUUGUGGCUGAAGUGCUGGUAGACGAUGCAGAUUUCUGCUGACAGGGUCAGUCGAAGCUUUUACAGCAGCUUAGAGGUCCUUUAAGGAAGGAAACUACGGGAUCAAUCUUGUGUCAGCAGGAACUGAAUCUGAAUUACUCAGAUUGAAUCUGAAUGCAUUGGUUUG